CGGUUGAAAACACAACUUAUUUUUUGAAGACCAACUUUUGAUUUUGAAAACACAACUUAUUUUUUGAAGACCAACUUUUGAUACCCAACCGCAAUCCAAUGUCUUUGUUGUUCGCGGGCUCAGUCAUUAUAUUUUCAAAAUGGAGGAAGAAGACAAACAAUACUUGCUACAGGCAAUUUUUGAUGUGAUAAAUUCCAUCGACCGUUUUUCACAGUCUCGAGACGCUAAUGUAGACUACCAAGAGCUUAUGCUGAAACUUGAUUUUUUACAACGGUUACUAGUAAAUAUGAAUCUUGAUGAUUCGAUAUGUGCAAAUGUUGGAGAGGCAUAUAAUAUUCUUUUCAAUAUGGAACAAAUGGAACACCAAUCCAGACAAGAACUCCAAACGCGAAGUGAAGAAAAUAAUGCUGCUAGACAAGUUUCUCGAGCAAGUCGUGGCCGACCCUCGUACGAUAUAAAAGAAGAACAAUUAUCGUUUCUUCUUGAAAAGGGGUUCAAGGUUUCCGAAAUCAGCAAAAUAAUCGGGGUCAGUAAACGGACAAUUGAGAGGAGAAUGGCGUUUUUUGGACACUCUGUAUCAGGUACUUCGUGCUAUUCACGAUCAAAGGCUAGUGCAACCUCGUCCCAAGAGCAAAGAGCCUGGGAACGAGGUUGAGGCUAGUGUAUAGAAUCAGGGCCGUUCAGGGGGGGGGGGCAAAGGGGGCAAUUUGCCUCAGGCUCAAGGAAGGGAGAAAUAAAUUAAAGAUGUUAUAAAAAUCUAUAAAAUAUUAUUAAAUAGCUAUAGAUACUUAGAUAGAUUGCUAUUAUUAACUGUGAUAAUAAUCCCAAUGGGAGAGGGGCCCCCAGUUGAUUCUUGCACCGGCCCCCAAAUUUCUCUGAACAGCACGGUAUAGAAUACCUGAUCACUUCUGGGGAGUCAUAGAAUACAAGGGCACUUACAAGUUACAACAAAUUUACAGCGAGUUUGUAGGAGUGGGGAGGUUAGAAAGGAAAUUUAUAGAGUGUAGUCUUUUUGUAUUCAGUAGUUCAAGGUAAUGUAUAAAAAUUCAUGUAAAAUAC